UCCUGUCAAUCAAACGGAAGACGAAUCGCUGUUCUCGGUGGGCGGGCACAUUUAAAAAGCGCCCGAGAUAAAUUGUAGCCCGCGCCGCAUUGUGCUCAACAGUUUCAGAACCUUGAUCUCGUCUGCGUGGCGAUGAAAGACGAGUGAUGCUUUGCCAGUUAUCAUUUAAAAAGUCGAAACUUACCCAAUAAAUCCGAUUAAACAAUAGGCAUUUUAACUACAGAUAAGUAAAUAUGAAUCUGUGCAUGCGCUGCAUUGUUCGUGGUUACGGGCAACGCUGAAGUAGUGAAAUCGCUGGAUACAAUGGGAGACGGUAAUCAGAGCGGCGUGAUCAACAGAUCAAUCAGUGAUCGCGAGCGCUUUAAAAGCCUGGAGGACAUCGACGUGUCCGCCGAUGGGAGUGCGGCGCUGAGAUGCUUGAUCUCCAUCACCUACUCGGUGGUCUGCGUCGUUGGUCUGAUCGGGAACCUGUUGGUGUUCUUCUUUAUUCGCGUGAGGCAAGAGAGACGCACGUCCAAAAUCAACUUUUUUAUUCUCAAUCUGGCCGUGACGGAUUUUCAGUUUGUGUUGACUUUGCCUUUCUGGGCCGUGGACACGGCGCUGGACUUCAGCUGGCCGUUCGGAGACGCCAUGUGCAAGAUCAUCCUGUCGGUGACCGUGAUGAACAUGUACGCGAGCGUCUUCUUCCUGACCGCGAUGAGCAUCACGCGGUACUGGUCAGUGGCUUCGGCUCUGAAGGACAGCAGCAGACAGACCAGCUGCUCGAUCAGGUGGGUCAGUGUCGUCCUGUGGUCCCUGGCCACCGUGGCCACCGCGCCGACCUCCAUCUUCUCCACAGUCACCAACGUGGCCGGCGAAAAACUUUGUUUGCUGCGCUUCCCCGACGGACAGUAUUGGUUGGCGGUCUAUCAUAUCCAGAAAAUACUGAUCGCUUUUAUUCUGCCGAUGGCAAUAGUGUCCAUCAGUUAUCUGCUGCUCUUGAGGCUCAUCCGACAGCGGAGCAUGAAGAACAACUCGAAGCGAAGAACGCAGGUCACAAAGUCCGUCACCAUCGUGGUCUUGUCGUUCUUCCUCUGCUGGAUGCCCAACCACGCCAUAACGUUUUGGGGCGUGCUGGUGAAAUUCAACGCCGUGUAUUGGGAUAAAUCGUACUAUAUCGUUCAUACCUAUGUUUUCCCGGUGACCGUGUGCCUGGCGCACGCGAACAGCUGUCUGAACCCGCUUAUCUACUGUCUUAUGCGUAAAGAGUUCAGGAAAAAACUGAAGGACCUGUUUCUCCGAGUUUGAGAGAAACGAGUAUCCCGCGCGAAACCAGUCCUGAGGAACAAACGGCAUUCCUUGUUAAAGGGGUUAUUUUAGCCGAAAUGUAACCGUCAGUCAUUAUUUACUCAGCCUCGUGUUUUUUUGAGGUAAUAUAUGGUAUAUAUAAUACAAGUAUAUAUGGCUUUAUGUUUGCAGUGGAACUCAAACGGGAUGCAGUUCGCGGGUUUGGGACAACAUGAGGGUGAGCGAAUAAGAAUAGAACUGGCAUCUUUAUAAGUAUAAGCAUGGUCUACAGUUGUAUGGAGCGAAUGUCUUGGUGUUUGUUCAUGUGAAACACUGUUUUAAAGUAGCCUAACUGUCGAUAUAAAAUGUUACUUUAAUUUUGCGUUUCAAAAAAAAACAACAACAACAAAAAUGCAGCUAAAGGCAUAAUACCAUUCAGUGCAUAUUUUAACAGUUCCUCUUCCAUGAAAUGUUAAAUACAGUAUUGUGCGCUUUACGUCUCAGAUCUAGGGGUAACUGUGUAUGCCUUUUUUCUGAGUGUUAAAUUGAAAUCUAUUUAAAUUAAAUAAAAAAAUCUGACCUUAGUAAAGACAGAAUAUAUAAGAGACCAUGCAUGUUUCUGAAGAUUAUGUCUGAGCAAAUAUAAUUUAGGCUUUUGGUCAAAUUUCCAUUUUUUCCUAGCAGGGAUUUUGUGAACAAACGUAUUGUUUAAAACCCCCUUAAUUCUUCGUGAAUUUUCAAAAUUAAAUUCCAGGAUCAUCAUUUUGCUAUAGCCGUUGGGUAACAAGCGGGCACAUUAAAACCACACUGAUCCUGCUAGAUUUAAACCUAAAGGCUCAACUGUGUUUUCAGGAAAAGGAUAUUUUACAUCACACUGAGGCCAGGGCAACUUUGGUUUGAUAUUCUAGGAUAUUACCUUUGAUGUUUUUGCUGUUUUAUAAAUUAUUUUAUGUUGCAUAGUUUAAAUGUAGUUGAAAAGCAUAUAAGAAGUUGUUUAAUGGCAAACUUAAAUACACGUGCUAUUGAUCAAUCAACAGAGAAUUUGUCCAGUGAACAUUAUUUAUUUAUUCAUCUAUCUAUUUGGGUCAAAAAGCUAAAUUCAGAAAAUGUUUGAAAGUUAGGCUUUUAAAAUCCAAUACAAAAUUUGACAUUACAAAAUAAACCUACCUUAAGUAAUAUUAAUAGUAAAAAGAAAGUGACACUAGCCCUAUCUACCCUUUGUAGCUACGUAAUCACAAGCCAUUUACUAUUCUAAACCUACUAAACUUUCUCAGCAACAUCAGUUAACCUUACACCUCUUAAUAAGGAUGAAUACGCAAGCCACCCGGCUGAGGAAAAGCCAAAAUGAAAGUUUCAGUCCAAUUUUCUCGUUCCCCUUUUCUCCCGCACUCACUGAUUGACAACUCUCUGAAUGUCCCUCUCACGCUACUUCCCGGUCAGUCUUGUCUCGUUCUCAAUUAGCAUUCCUGACAGAAACUCCCACAAGAUACCUCCAUCCACCCUGAUCAGAGCUUUGCGAAUCAAAGCAAUCUGGAAAACAGGGGGAAAUAUGUUUGGUUCAGUUGGGCGAGGCCAUAUCGGUCUCUUUGCACACAUCCAAACGUGUUCUUGUGUCCAGUGGAAAUGACAGCUCUGUGGCAUGCAGGUAAUUACCCAGAAAGGGGCGAUCGGGUUCAAAACUGAUGAGAACGCUUAACGUCUUGUUAAAUUGAGGUUGCUUUAAAUCGCUUGCACAGUAAGCUAAUGACGGUCAUUUGCAGGCAAUUUGGAAGACCUGAAAAGACGGUACAUCUGCUGCUGUUUACCGUCACGCUCGCACAGGAGCCUUUUAAUGGACACCCGGCACAGAAGUGAUGCUUUUGAUGAUGCUCUGUUGGCUAUGGUACGUCACACUCCCGUGUUUAGUCUGUAGAGGUCAGCGGACUGUGAGGAACAGUCUGGCCAGCAGUCACUCUUUUUUUGGAUGCAAAUAUUUUCCCACUGAAGGCCAAACCAAAAGUAUCCUUCAAAAACAAAGCAGCAGGCACAAUUCUGGCUCCUAUAACUCUGCUGCCCUCAUUUUAAUGCGUUCACUUAAAUGUCAUUCGAAUACUGUUUGUUUGUCUACAUGCCUAGAGACAGAAUCAAAACAAAGUGCAAUUCUGCAUUUGUCCUGUUUGUGUACAAAAGCAGACGAUUUGUUUUCGGACAAUACCAUUAUUGCUGCUGGUACUACAACAAACUUUCCAUGCACUUAGCUUUUUUUUUUUUUUUUCACGAGAUGCGGUCACAUGUGGAGAGGUAUGAAUGUUAAAUGACUCAGUGCUGCGUGGAUGCAAAUUCACCAAUUUGCCCAUAGAUGUUUGUCGAUAUCGCAAAGCUCGCUUUAGUCUCUCUCUGAGUAUGCUAAUAUAAUCAGGAUCCCCAUUGUUAACAGGAUUUCCUGUGGAGACACGGUUUCCUAUUACUGAGUGGGUUUGGAGUUAUGCUAUACUAGUCACUUCCUAAUGCACAUCAUCAAAUCAGCGUAUUCCCAUUAUGAUCUAGAUAAGAAUUUCAUCACAUUGAAAUCUAAUUUGUCCGUUUGGAUGUGUGUAUUCUACCCACAGUCUAUUGGAUGUAUUCACUAACAGUAUAAACCAAAAAGAAGUGAAUGUACUGUAUCGCAUGUGUUAUAAUUGGGUCGCUUGUAUUUCCGAACAGUGAUUUAAUUCCGUUGUAAUUUAUUUUUAUUAUCAGUAUAAAUAAUCCUAAUUGUUUGACCUUUACAAAUGAAAAGUGGAUUCUAUUUAAUCAUGUCUGUUUUAUUUUUUAUCUUUGUAUUGAGGCUUCGAAGUCUCAUAAU